AUGGCCACGGCUGAACUUGACUCGAUUCUCGCAAGAUAUACCGACCCAGCAACGGGGAGCGUACAAGGCGCUACGUUUGUAGCCGUUGAUAGUAAAGGCCAUACUAUCUACUGUUCAUCAUCAGGCAGUCGAACAGCGGACAGAUCUCAACCCCUCACGCCAGACACAUUCACAUGGAUCGCCAGUCAAAGCAAGCUGGCCACCGCGGUUGCUGCUAUGCAAGUCGUCGAGAAAGGACUGAUCGGUCUCGACGACGACGCCCGCGAUGUCCUGCCAACAUUGAGGGACUUGAAAGUCCUGGUUGGGUUUGAGGGAGAUGAUGGUACUGAGGGCAGCGCUGAGAACGUUAGUUUCGACGCCGUUGCAAAGGGAGAGACCGGCAGUACAUUCGGGACAGGUCCUGCAGGUAUCCCUAUCUUUGAAGACGUGAAAGGGCCGAUUACGCUACGUGCGGCGGCGCUGCGGACAUUCUUGACCAACCCGGGCGGUAUGAGCCCGUUAUGGACGGUGCCUGACCGGAACCUGAUGCCGGUGGGCAUGUCUCUAGCCGGUACGGUGAAUUCACAGAAUGUGCCGGGCAAGAGAAGAAGAGGUAGCGUCAAUUGGGGCGGUUUGCCAAACCUGGCGUCGUGGAUUGAUCGUGAAGCAGGCCUGGCGGCGAUGGAUCCGGAGUGUUUGAGGUUGUUGACGGAGUUGGAGGAGGCGGUUUAUAAGCUUUUGGACGAGAAGGAGACGACCUGA